AUUGUGAUAAAAAGGCCAAUGGCCAAAGUGUCGAAGAUGACGAUGACAAAGAAUUCGAAAAUUACGAUUUCUCUCGUGAUCCUAGUUUCGUGUAUGACCCAGAUUAUGAUUAUGGAGUGUUUUUUGAAGUUGACGGUGUUAAGGGAGUUAAUGGUGUUAACGGUGCUAAGGGAGUUAACGGAACUGAAGGUCCCCCUAUAUGGGAAGUUCGUAUCGAUUCUUCAAUGAAUAAAAGGAUCGAUAUCGAUCCUCCAUUUAGAAAAUUGAGAACAAUCAACAAUCAUCGUAUUGUCAAGGAACAUUCUCGAUCCUUAAA